GCCGUAACCUGCCUGCAUUUGGCUGCCUCUUUCAUCUGCCUACCUUGCCCUACUUCCUUGGUCCGACUAUUCGUCGCUCGGUAAAAUCUAACGCCCGCCAAUGAGUAGGCUGGGCAGACAAAAGUAGCUUCGGCGUAGAUGUUGUAGCCGCGCUGCUGUUGGUCGUUGGCACCUCCAGACAUGUUCAGCGCGUUGGCGCCGGAAAGACCGUUCGUUUCAAAGAAGGGGAAGAUCCUUGUUGUUCAACUCCUUCUUCAAAUGCUGGAUGUAGAUGGUGAUCUCUGUAGUCCACCCCAUGACCUUACCAAACAUGAAUUGAUAUCACGGGGCGAGAGGGCACCGUUGAGGUAUGGUAAGAUAUGCGUUGUUGUGCGAAGGAGAGGAAAGGAAGAUGUGCGUGGAGGACUGGCUAUAUGGGCGAGAGCCCCAGACAGGCCAGUCCGUGCGCGCGCACGUGCAGCUGCACGUAACUGCUGUGCAUGUAGCCAGUGCGUGCAUGGCUCUGGGCCAUGGCACCAGCUCUGGACACGGCACAUGAGGCAGUCAGUGCAGUGCGACAAUGUCACAGGCUAACCCUGUGACAAUUGAAGAGUACCUUCAAGGUCUUGGGUAAGCAUGGUAUAGAAGUAUGUUACGAUCCAAUCAAGGAUCACUUAUGUAAGCCAGACUAGGUAGAACCAACAGACCAAUU